CUUUCAGAGGGCACGAAACGAUGGCGAACAUCGGAUCGUUGAAGGGACUUGUUGGACUGGUGACUGGUGGGGCAUCAGGCCUGGGGAAAGCCACAGUAGAGAGAUUCGUCCAGCAGGGAGCCCGUGUUGUACUAUGUGACCUACCUUCUUCAAAAGGGGAGGAAGUUGCCAAAGCCCUUGGUGACAGCUGUGUCUUUGCCCCAACUGAUGUGACAUCAGAAGAGGAUGUUACAAAGGCUAUAAAUCUGGCCAAAGAUAAAUAUGGCAGACUUGAUGCAGCUGUUAACUGUGCAGGGAUUGGCGUUGCUUUCAAAACAUACAACUUUAAAAAGAACCUGCCACAUCAACUAGGUGAUUUCCAAAAGGUUUUAAUGACAAAUAGUGUGGGAUCAUUUAAUGUGAUUCGGUUAGCUGUGGGACUGAUAGGCCAGAACCAGGCAAAUCAAGAUGGACAGAGAGGUGUGGUGAUCAACACAGCUAGUGUGGCAGCCUAUGAUGGACAAAUGGGACAGGCGGCUUACUCUGCCAGUAAAGGUGCUAUAGUUGGCAUGACCUUACCUAUCGCCAGGGAUUUGGCUGGUCAGGGAAUCCGCUGUGUGACCAUUGCACCAGGACUCUUUGACACACCAUUGUUGGCAAGCCUUCCAGAAAAAGUAAGAAAUUACCUAGCCAGUACUAUUCCAUUUCCAAGUAGGUUGGGGCACCCUGAGGAGUAUGCACAUCUGGCACAAACCAUCAUUGAAAAUCCCCUCCUUAAUGGAGAGGUUAUACGUUUGGAUGGAGCACUUAGAAUGAUGCCCUAAGUAUGGAAUAUUGUGAAAACUUACGAGUUGAAUGAGAACAUUUAUGGUUUCACUUUCUGCAGACAACUACAACAUAUAGUCCAGAAACAUACUGCAUCAGUUUUAUUGAAGAGAAAGUCAAUCAGAUCCAUUAACAGUGAAUAUUAAUUUAAAUGCUGUUAAAAUAAUGGUCGAUCUGAACUAAAUAGAACUGGCGGUAUUUACAUGAUUUAUAUAAGAAACAUUUCAUGUGACAAGACAUUUCGUACACCUUAAAAAGCAGAUUGACUGCUCAGUUGAAAGCUGGCUACAUUUUUGUACUAUACAAUAAAAAGGUCAAAUAUACAAGAGGAUACAAAAAAUC